AUGGCCUAUUUAAUCAGUAUAUCAGUCAGCAGGAAUAUAAGCCACGGUGGAGUCAGAUCAUUCCUAAGAGUACCAAAGGUGAUGGAGAAGAUAACCGACCAGGAAUGAGAGGGGGCCAUCAGAUGGUUAUCGAUGUUCAGACAGAGACUGUUUAUUUGUUUGGUGGCUGGGAUGGAACACAAGAUCUUGCUGACUUCUGGGCAUACAGUGUGAAGGAGAACCAGUGGACAUGUAUCUCUAGAGACACUGAGAAAGAGAAUGGUCCCAGUGCCAGGUCGUGUCAUAAAAUGUGCAUUGACAUUCAACGGAGGCAAAUCUACACGUUGGGCCGUUACUUGGAUUCCUCUGUGAGGAACAGCAAGUCUCUGAAAAGUGACUUCUACCGUUAUGACAUUGACACCAAUACCUGGAUGUUGCUAAGUGAAGACACUGCUGCUGAUGGUGGACCAAAACUGGUGUUUGACCAUCAGAUGUGCAUGGACUCAGAAAAACAUAUGAUCUACACCUUCGGUGGUAGAAUUUUGACAUGUAAUGGCAGCGUAGAUGACAGCAGAGCUAGUGAACCACAAUUCAGUGGUUUGUUUGCGUUCAAUUGCCAGUGUCAAACCUGGAAACUUCUUCGGGAGGACUCCUGUAACGCUGGCCCUGAGGACAUCCAGUCUCGAAUUGGACAUUGCAUGCUGUUCCACUCAAAAAAUCGUUGCCUAUAUGUCUUUGGAGGCCAGCGAUCUAAGACCUAUUUGAAUGAUUUCUUUAGUUACGAUGUGGACUCUGAUCAUGUAGACAUAAUUUCAGACGGCACCAAGAAAGACUCUGGAAUGGUACCAAUGACAGGAUUCACACAGAGAGCAACUAUUGAUCCAGAACUGAAUGAAAUACAUGUCUUAUCCGGACUUAGCAAAGACAAAGAAAAAAGGGAAGAGAAUGUCAGAAAUUCAUUCUGGAUUUAUGACAUUGUGAGGAAUAGCUGGUCUUGUGUCUAUAAGAACGAUCAAGCUGCAAAAGAUAAUCUGAGCAAAAGUCUUCAGGAAGAAGAACCAUGUCCAAGGUUUGCCCAUCAGCUCGUUUAUGACGAAUUACACAAGGUUCAUUAUUUAUUUGGUGGAAAUCCAGGAAAAUCUUGUUCUCCAAAGAUGAGACUAGAUGACUUCUGGUCACUGAAGUUGUGUAGACCUUCAAAAGACUACUUACUGAGGCAUUGCAAGUACCUCAUAAGAAAACACAGGUUUGAAGAAAAGGCCCAAAUGGAUCCUCUUAGUGCUCUGAAGUAUUUACAGAAUGAUCUUUAUGUAACUGUGGAUCAUUCUGACCCAGAAGAGACAAAAGAGUUCCAACUCCUAGCCUCAGCUCUGUUCAAAUCUGGCUCAGACUUCACAGCUCUAGGCUUUUCAGAUGUGGAUCACACCUAUGCUCAGAGAACUCAGCUCUUUGACACCUUAGUAAAUUUCUUUCCUGACAACAUGACUCCUCCUAAAGGCAAUCUGGUAGACCUCAUCACACUGUAACCUGGGGAGUCACUGGAGGACGUGUUAGGCUUAGAAGUGGAGACAGGAGUCGGAGUUUGCUGUUGGCGUGGGCAGAGGUGACGUCGCAGUGACUGAGGACUGCAUCAGUUUGGAAGGAUCCUUAUUAUCACAAGUUUUAACCCUCUCCUUCGUACCUGACCUCAAUCCCUUUUUUCCUCAUACUCCUGCAUUAGGCUAAUAAAGUGAAAUUGCUAUACUUCCCAUUUAAUUAUGUAUAUUUUCUUUAGCUUUGAAGAAUUAACAAAUAUUAAUAAAAAUUAGGCUUUUCCCUUUUUUGCUUUCCAAUUUUUUAAAAGUUUCUUUUUAGUUAGGAAAACAGCACUCACUGUUAGUAGACUCAGUGCUGGGGGAAUUUGGGGUUUUGCUGUUGGGUUGUUUGGCCUUUGUUUCCCUUUUACUUUCCUUCCUCACAGCUUUUGUAAGGAUGUCACCAGUUUACUUCCUCAUUCUUAACAGCUGUGUACUUCAGUUGGUGUAGGUUAAGCUGAUGUAACUGUUGACUUCUCUUGUACUAUAUUAAACAAUAGAGAGGUUAGAGGACUUCAGUUUAUACUUUUUGCCAUACAACCAAAAAGCGAAACUCGAUUGCUCCAGACACCUGAUCAGAAAUUGGUAUUUCUAUAUUGAUAUUUUAUAGUAGACAUUACAGUAGCCCUUGGCUUCAAAUCACAAAGACCUGAAACCAAGGCUAUCAUCCAGAAACUUUCAGAGGUCUGCUAUAGAUGACCAGCAGGAGAGGUGCUGUCCUGAACACUCUUUGAUUGGUGUGUUUGUAGAGAUUUGGGAAGGAAAUGACUCUCCUCUGAUGAGUUAUGCAGAACCAGCGCCCUUGUUCUCCUCUGAGUUAUCUGUAUGUCACAGUUUCAUCUGAGAAAAUGGGUUCCAGAGCUGCGCUUUCAUUUUUUUCUGACCUUUCCCUGUUGUUGUCAAGAGUAGUGGUUGCGGUUGUCCUGUGGCGUACAGCCGACAAGCGUUCAGUGAGCAUGAGGACUGGGCUCUUUUAAACGGACAGAAGGAAAAAAAAUAAUACUAAGAGUUUUUCACUAGACAGAAAAGUACAACAAAUUGCCCUUUUCGUUGUGCCAUUUUUGUGUAUGCAAGAACAGAGGAGCAUACCUUCCUAUUAAGUGUUGUGGAAUGUAGCAUGAGAAACCUACAUCUGGCUAGUUGGUGUUCACAGUUGCUCAAAAAGUGUGUCAUUUGUAGCUGGUAACCCACCAUGUUGAAAGCAGAAUUUAUAUUCACAUGCCAGCGAUUAAUAAGAGUGAGUGACUAUGAAAUUGACCUGUACUUUCAGAAAGUGUCAUGUAUAGGAAUGAGAUCUGAUAAGUUUUUUCCCUCUGUCUUUACUUCAUCGUUUUGCUUCUGAGGAUGAAUGAGAAUAUAUUUUUUGUCGGUUGAGAUGAACAAGAAUAUAUUUCUUCCAGUUGUAGGAUUGACUCAUGGCUUUUUAACUUUACAAGCAUUCCAAAGCAAUCAGUAGUAAUUUAUUAAACAUGUAGAUUCUUAUAUUGUGAAAAAUAUGAUGUAUAGUUUAGCAGGUACCAAAUUGUAUAAAUACUGAAUAAUCAGUUAACUGUACAUUUGAGUAAAUCUUUUCUAUUCAAAAACUUGCAAUCCUAAAGUGGUUCUUCUGACUAACAGCCAGGAACGUAAAGUGUAUAUCACUAAUUUUGUCUAAGACAGAUGCAAAUCAGUAGUUGACAAAAUGAACUUGAACUGGAAGCUGCCAAAAUAGAAGAGCCGUGGCUGAGCACUGUGAGCUCUGGCACCUUGACAGUACAACCAAAUGGAAUUCUGCUGCUUACCACCUUUGUGUAGACGUGCCUCCCCUGCCACUCCUAAGUUUGCCCAUCAAUUCCUCAGAGUCUAUUUUUUGGAUGAAAUUCAUUUCUUGACCUCAAUGAUUCUUUUUCACCCUUAACUGCUUUUCUUUUCCUGUUUUUAUAAUGCCUACUUUAACUUCAUCUUUCCUCAUUUCUAUUUAGUUUGGAAUUUUUCAUUUUUCACUGCCAUAUUUAAAUGGUUGAAUCAUAAGAAACCACUUAGUUGCCUGAGUGAGAUGCUUUCACUAACUGGGGAGGUAACUGACAGUCAGUUAGAAUCUGUGCCUUGAGGAUUUAGUGGGGGCACUGCCAGGGAUAACUUAAGAAAGCGCAGGGCUUUAUAUGUCCAGGACCAAGACCGACAUAUCGCUCACAUUUCACAUUAGGACCCAGAUUUAGAACUUGUGUAGAUAUUUAUUUAGUAAAGAGUAACAGCAGAAUAUUAUAAUUUAAACAAUAAAGUUAGUAUUUAAGUAACCAAAUACGUAUACUUUACUACUUAAAAUUUCUUUCAUGUUCUAGCUUAGUCCCAAAUUAAAACACUUAGCUUUAGAUACAUUAGUUAGUGGGAAACUGUUUCCUUGGCUUAAUCCCCAGUUUCAGCCUCACCUCCAUCUUCCUUUUUCUAGCAGAACAUAAGACUUUCAAUGAGAAAUAAGCUGUAGAUAUCUGAUGUUCCUUUCACCCUUGUCUUCUGUAAGAAUUUGAAUCACAAGUCACUUCACAAGUGCAUUUGCAUUUUAUUGGUGAAUAGCACGAGACUUUGCUUGGCCACCAGUUUGUUUGAUUCAGAGUUAUGUGUGUUUCUACACACACAACGUAAUUUAGAGUUGGAUUUCCACUUUGUGUUGUCAAAGCUGACAACAAUAUUAACCUUUAUCAAAGUCCUAUUUGGAUAUGGUUUCCAUUUCUACUAAAACUGGCCAUUCUUUGUCUAAGGAGUAAACAAAUAGAAAACAGCAGAAAGUUAAGUCACUGGCUUAUUAUAGAAGAGUUAUGUCAGAUUUACGGCCCAGUGCUUGCUUUGUCUAUAAAACUAUACUGAGUGAAAUGUGUAGUCUGUGUGUAAGUGUGAGCAGUUGUCAUCCCACUGGCUCUCUCCACAUCUGCCUUAAAGAGUUACAUAGAAAUAGACAGUAACAGUUUCAUGUGACAAAAUAGGCUUAAAAAUCUGUACAAGUAAAAACGAGCUGAGGAACUUAACCAUUUAGUGGGAGAUAGAGAUUGUUGCUUAAUAAGUCAAAAAAGAAUGUUCCUUAUUAUUGUUCUCUGAGUUAUAUUGAAUUUCAUGGUAAUUAUGCAUAUAAAGGAGUUUUCUUGUAAUUUUUUUUGUUGUUGUUGUUGGAUAAUUGUUUAUUUCCUGAAGGAAACAAGUGUGAAGUACUUGGCUGACUGAGUAUUCUGUGGUGGUUGGGACUUCAGGUUUGAAGUGACUUCUUGGGAGGAAGUCAUGAUAGUCUGCACUUUAGACAAAGUCACAGAAGCUCUUUAAAAAUGCCCUUUCUAGCAUUUGCUUUCUUAUAAACCCUUGCUCAUCCCUUUGCAGAAAUUCUUGCCUGAAUUUUUACCAAGUUUUAGCUAGUCUGUGGUUUAAGAUGUGCAGGCUCUACAAGAAAAAAAUUUUUCUAUAGUUGCUAGAGAUAUGUCAUAGAGGUCUGUAUAAGACAGUAUUUACAGAUUAAGUCAUUUGGCUCUUUAAUGCAGUUUUUGUUUUCUGUAUUAGACUAAUAAUACUAAUUUUUAUAUGUUGCUUUUGAUUGUGGGUUUGGUCUCUGUAAUUUGUCUUACUGUUGAGGUGAUUUGGCUAUCUAAAGCUUCUAGUAUAUGUCAGGUAUAUAUAUAUAUAUAUUAUAUAUAUAAAAUCUUCUCUAUAUAGGUGUGUCAUUUGAAUUUCAGAGUUUUCACAUCUGUUGAAAUUACCUGGAGCUGACUAGUACAAAUGAAUGACAUGAAUAGUUUGCUUGUUUAUAGGGUGGGUUAUUGCAGUCUGUUGAUUUCAUCACCAAAUGCUCUUGUUUUCUUAAUAAAUGCUAUCUCAGAUUUUA